UUCUUCUUUUUUCGUCUUUUUGAUUAUCCGAACCAGGUGUGUACACGAGAAUUUAGACCAGACAAUUUUAAUUUUAUGACACAUGCAGGUCUCCAUCCUUCAUUUCGUGUUUUGCCUGGAAAAAGCGUAUCAGCGACGCGAAGAAAGUAAAAGAAGAGUUGAACAAAGGGAAGCUUUAUAGGACCCGGAGUUCCUUCCCUCGCGGCCUCCUUGGUUCUCGCCGUUGCCUCCUCCGGAGUUCGCUUUGCCGUCGCUGCCGGUCCUCGUCGUCCCCACUCUCAGCUAACCAUUCUUUGAAGAGGGUUAUCUUUUAGAACAGAUUGGGCCGCCCAGUGCAAUACAAAAGAAUACACUAAGAAAGUUGAAGAUGGGCGAUUCUUCUGAUUUCACCUUUUGCAAGGUUGGUUCACCAGUGGAUGAUGACCAUUUGGAGUCACCUAAAACCAUUCCUGACAUUAAGAAAAUCAGUCUCAAUGACAAUACUCUGGAGGGAAUUAGUAUUCAGAAGAUUAAUAAUUCAAGCCAGAUUGAUUCUUCAUCUAAUAAUAAGUUCAAACUGAAGAAUUCAGCAACACCAGUAACAGUGGGAGAGCCUGGAGAUUUGGUGACUGGGUCGCAGGAACAGAAGCCUGUAAUAAAGAAAUCCACUGUUAAAAGAUCAAAGGUUCCUUUUGAGAAAGGUUACAGCCAAAUGGACUGGCUAAAACUUACUCGCACACAUCCUGACCUUGCAGGGCUUGAGGGCCAAUCAAAUCGAAGGCUCAUUUCUAUGGAUGAAGUGAGACAACAUAAGACUGAAGGUUCUAUUUGGACAGUUUUAAAAGGUCGUGUGUAUAACAUUUCCCCCUAUAUGAAAUUUCAUCCUGGAGGUGUGGAUAUGCUUAUGAAAGCAGCUGGAAAAGAUUGCACCUCAUUAUUCAAUAAGUAUCAUGCAUGGGUGAAUGCUGAAUUCCUUUUGGAGAAGUGCCUUGUGGGAGUGUUAGAUGCGAGCUGAUGACUAACUUGAAGCUGUCUUCUGAUUGAUGAGUCAUUUCCACCCCAGAUCAUUUACCAUAUUUUACAGGAUUGUAAAGCUCAUAGCAUAUUUAUCACAGUACAAUUUCCUCUCUUUUUUUUUUUUGGGGGGGGGGGGGGGGUAACAACUGCAAUUUCCUUGCAAUAAAAAAAGUUUGUCUACUUGAUAUACUCUUCUGGGGUCUUAUUAUGAUAGAGAUUAGAGACUUACGGUAUAAAAGGAUUGUUGCAGGAGGUUUAUUUCAAACUAGAAACUAGCAAAUGAUUAUACCAGAGAAUUUUAAUGUUGAUAACUUGAACAUGUGGCAUCUUCAGUUGUACAGUAAGGUGUUCUUCACAGGAAGCUGCAUGAGAGGGUUGGUAGGAGCUUUGUGCUGCAACUUGCGGGCAACGAAGAAAGAUAUUGUUAACCCCAAAGUACUUUGUUUAGCUUAAUAUGAUGAUGUUAUUAUUGGAUUAGUUU